AGUCAGGAGGCAGAAGGCGCUGGGCGAGUUAGACUCACAAGAAGAAACUGAAGAACCAGACCACCUCACACAAGGCACAGGACCUCUGCACGCAAACACACGCUGUGGAUCACAAACCAGCUCCUGGCCGCAGAAGCUCAGCCUGCACUUUUACAUCCUGCAGGGAUUUUGCACACCUUGCACAUCAGUUCUUUGCACAUGCUGGAUCAGAGCUCUUUGUGCACGCUGCCCCUCAUCAGCUCCAUGCUGAUCUUGCUGCUGGCUCCAGCUGCUGUUGCUGGCUGCAGCAGGGGGGAGGUUGACAGGCACUUCAUUCUGGCCAAAGUCAAGGCACAUUUCCUGGAGUCCCUCGGCCCUGCUCCUCAAGGCGAAAGGAUCCAAGUGGGACGAAGGGGGCUCCACAGGCGUCAUGCCUCAGGCACAUCGGUGGCUCAGAGAUGGGAGGAAGAGGGCACAUCCCAAGUGAUCGCCUUCCCCUCCAGAGAUCUACCAUGUGGGCCACCUCAGUCUGAUGAGCUUCCGGAAGAUGCAGGAGUUUUCACCUACAUCUUCCAGUCUUCGACACACACCCUGAGUCGUGUGGUGACUUCGGCUCAGCUGUGGUUCUACACAGGCCCUGUGACAGUUCAGAGCAGCAGUCCCUUAGAAGCAGCAGACAAUGACUCCAUGCCAGAGGUAGAGAUAUUGAAGCUCUCCGAACAAGGCAGGGUCCCUGUGGCUACCAUGGCAGUGCCAGCCCCUGAAGAAUGGACUGUCUUCCACUUUGGAACUUCCUUCUUGCCUUACAUUGCUCAGAAGAUAUUUGUGUUGUUCAUCCGUUGCCCUGGUUGCCCUUGUGUGGCUGAUGCUGAAAAGAUACCCUUUCUUGUGGCCAUCACCAAGCCCAAGGGACGCGACCGGGCCCGGCGCUCCUCAGUGCCCUGGACGCCAGCCGCUUUCAACUUGCGAAACCAACCAUCAAAUGCCAACUGCCACCGGGCCUCCCUUAACAUCUCCUUUGAAGAACUGGGCUGGGAUAAGUGGAUUGUGUACCCAAGCAGCUUUGUGUUUCACUACUGCCACGGGAGCUGCUCUGACGCCCACAUGUUCACACAUAAGCCCAACUUCCAAAUGUGCUGCGCAGCCUUGCCAGGCACCAUGCGCUCACUGUGGGUCCGCACAACUUCGGAUGGUGGCUACUCUUUCAAGUACGAGACAUUACCCAACAUCCUUACCCAGGAUUGCGCCUGCAUGUAACAAGGACCUGUCUUCAGAAGCACUCCUCCAUGAAAGAGACUAGACACUUGACCAAAAGCCAGUGGUCUUCCCAGCCAGUCUUGGGGCAGGGGCAAA